GAACCGGAGGGAGGAGUUUUAACGGUCAGGCGCUGUCUGAUGAAACAGACUGAAGGAUCUUCUCCUCGCGCUGCUGAAGCGGAUCAUUAUUAUUAUUAUUAUUAUUAUUAUUAUUAAUAAUUACAUCAACAUGGACCUGGACUCGAUGAAAUACUCUGAGCUGAGAAGCCUCGCCAAGGAGCUGGGCCUGAAAGCAAACGGGAAGGCUGAUAAACUCCUGAAAGCGAUAAAACAUCACUACGAUCAGGAGAAGCUGAAGGACCUGCAGGACCAGGAUCCUGUUGAAGAGGAGGAUAAAAACCAGGUGUGUGAGGAAACUGCUCAGGAUGUUUGUAACGUUGACAUGUUUGUAACAACACGUCGAGGGAAAGACAACACCAACAACAGAAAACUCAACGAUCCUGCAGCAGACUGUGACCUAAACAUCACCCCUGAG